GAACAAUCUUAGUCACAGGGUAUGGCACUGCAGCGACGCGGUGCAUCGUCGUCGUUGUUUUGAAUUUUGACGUUUCUCAGCAAAACAUCUUCCACCACGUUUUCAGCAAUCGAACCGUUUCUGUGCGGCGAUCGUCAAUUUGUAAUCGAGGCGAAAGUGUCCGUUCACCGCUAGCAAGAUGCCGAAAGUGAGCUCCCGUUCGGGGCCGCCCCGUAAACUGUCGACGAAUAAGUCGGGUCAUUCGAUGAACCCGGAACGCUCGACCGAGGGCUUGAAGGGAGUGGCCAAGCCCCGAACUAAAUCUACCAUCAAGCGUCUGCAGAUGUAUAGGAACUUCAAGGCCAAGCGGGAUCGGAAGGGAAAGAUUUUGACUCCGGCACCGUUCCAGGGAUGGGUCGCCAGUGGGACAGUGGCCCGAGUUGAACCUUCGCCAAAGUGGUUCGCGAAUUCACGGGUUAUCUCCCAAAGCUCGCUGCAGAAGUUUCAGGAAGAGAUGGGUAAGGCUAUCAAAGAUCCGUACAAGGUGAUAAUGAAGCCUACGCAGCUUCCGAUUACGUUGCUGAACGAGACGGCGAGGUAUCAACGGGUGCAUCUGUUGGACACGGAAAGUUUCGAUACGACUUUUGGUCCCAAGACGCAACGGAAGAGGCCAUCGUUGAAGGUACGUGAUUUGGAGGAUUUGUCCAAGAACGCAGAGGAUCUUGCGGAUCGGUACGAUGAGGGCAAAGAUCGUGACUUGGAGCGGGAAGAUGAGGGAGUGAAGGAUCAGGUACGGGAGUGGAUCUUCGCUGCCGGGCAGAGUAAACGUAUUUGGAACGAGUUGCAUAAGGUGAUCGAUUCGGCGGAUGUUCUGCUGCAGGUUUUGGACGCUAGGGAUCCAAUGGGAACACGUUCGAAGUAUAUUGAAGGAUUCUUGAAGAAGGAGAAACCGCACAAGCAUCUGUUCUUCAUUUUGAACAAGGUGGAUUUGGUUCCGAUUUGGGUAACUCAGCGUUGGGUGGCUUUGCUUAGUAAGGAAUACCCCACGAUUGCAUUCCACGCUUCAUUGACGCAUCCUUUCGGAAAGGGAGCUUUGAUCAAUCUUCUUCGCCAGAUCGGAAAACUGCACGUGGACAAGAAGCAGAUCAGUGUGGGCUUUAUCGGCUAUCCGAAUGUCGGCAAAUCGUCGGUUAUUAACGCGCUGAGAAGCAAAAAGGUGUGCAAAGUGGCGCCAAUUGCCGGAGAAACGAAGGUUUGGCAGUACAUUACACUAAUGAAGAGGAUUUUCCUGAUUGAUUGUCCCGGAGUGGUAUAUCCGACGGCUGAAACCGACACCGAGAAAGUACUCAAAGGUGUCGUUCGCGUAGAGUUGGUUAAUAAUCCGGAAGACUACAUUGAAGAAGUGCUUAAGAGAAUCAGGAAGGAAUACCUCCUGAAAACCUACGGCAUUACCGACUGGAGCUCACACAUUGAUUUCCUUGAGCAGAUAGCUAAAAAGUCUGGAAAGCUGUUGAAGAAGGGUGAACCAGACGUGCAGACAGUGGCCAAGAUGGUUCUGAAUGAUUGGCAGCGUGGUCGAUUGCCAUUCUACGUGCCUCCAGAGGGAUUCGAGAUUCCCAAAUCCGUCCUGGAUCAGACCGUGGAUGGAGAAAAGGCUGCCACGGAAGACGACCAGAAGAGUACCUUCUCGGGAGUAACAGCUACUCCCACGAUUCCCGAUUCAAUCAAAAAGGGUAAGGAACUGUUCCAGAUUCAGGACUUCCGCAAGAUCAAGGUUAAUUUGGAGUUCGAAAGCGAAGACGUUCGUGAGAUUGACAAAAUCGAUUUGGAACUGUUGGAGAAGCUCAAAGAAGAGAAGAAACAAGAAGCCAAGAAGAAGAAACAGGCCAAGGCUCAGAACCAGGAGAACGAAGAUGAUGAAGAUUCGUCCGGAAUUUCCGACUUUUACUCGGAGGAUGAGUAUGACGAAGAAAUGGAAAAGGUGGUCCACAAAAGUGCCAAGGGCAAGGCUGCUGACAAGGGCAAAACGAAAUCCGCCAGUGGUAAUUUCGACGUGGAAGAAGACGCUACCCAGGAAACCGCGAAGGGUCUUCCUAAGAUGACCGCUAAGCAGCGAAGGGCCGUUGAGAGGGCAACCAAGCGCAAGAAGAUCGGCAGCAACUUCUACGAAACGCAUAAUGUCAAGAACCGGAAUCGGAACAAAAAGCCGAAGGCGCCCUGAAGGUGGAUUCUCUAGCAUUACUUUAGUGUAAGACAUUGUGUAAAAUAAAACUUUAUUUCAAACA